UCAGCAACCUUAAAACCCUUUGAACCUUUGUGAACACAGAUAAAGCCACUAUUUAUUUUCCACUUCUUCUCUUGAAGCUUUUAUGGUGGAAGAAAUUUUCCACUUUUGCACGUUUUGACAUUUUCCCUGUUCCACCAUUGCUUCUUCUACAAAUGCCAAAAAGCCUAUGACUAUGAUAUGAGCAUAGCACAACACAGUUAGAGAGAAGAGAAGGGUCAUUGGUCAAAAAGUCUACUCUUCUCUCCGCAUUCGUGGGUUUGGUUUACUGAACAAAAACAACCCCAUUAUAGUUCUAAACUGCAUUAGAACCAAGCAAGUAGUUCCUUUGUGGGUGAUGAAACGAGGAGACAUGUCAAGUCAAUUCUUGGACUCUAGUUUGUAGCUUCUCGUGGCUAUUUGUGCAUCUGGGCCAUUGUGUUUCUAACUGUUCUGUUUCUGAGUUCUUGUUUGUUAUGUUCCUGGAAAUGGGGCUUGAAGGUCUCAUUCCAAUGCACAAGCGUUCAAAGAGCUUUCCCAAUAAAAGAACAGUCGAGGAGGAUAAUUCUGAUGACGUUGAAGCCUUAGAUCGAAUAAAGCUGGAUACAGGUUACCUCACGGAAUGCGGUGAAGCAAGGAAAAAACCGACCCGUACAAAUGAUGUUCAAUGUGCUCUCAAGCAAGAGAUUCUACAGUUAGAAAAAAGACUACAAGAUCAAUUUGAGGUCAGAUGCACAUUAGAAAAGGCACUUGGAUACAGACCUACAUUUCUUGUUAAUCCAAAUGAGAUGGCCAUCCCCAAGCCUACCGCAGAAUUAAUUAAAGAAAUUGCGGUGCUUGAGUUAGAAGUUGUGUAUUUGGAACAACAUCUCCUCUCCUUGUACCGUAAAGCAUUUGAUCAACAAUUAUCCUUUGUCGCUCCAUCCACCAACGAGGAAAGAGUAAAGUCUCCUCCUCCAACACCUAGAGCAAGAUUCACUGAAACUUCUAAGCCUGAGGUAUUGUUUAAAAGAGGAGGUUCUGCAGUAAAAUCUAUUGAUCAUGAGCUUGAUACUCCGCAAAAGGAAUAUAAUGGAUAUGAACCUGAGACUCUGGAGAAAGAGCAGAACUUACAUCAGCAAGAAGGAAAGCAUUUAGACUCUGGUAUAUAUCGUUGCCACUCCUCAUUAUCCCAGUGUUCGUCAGCAUUCGCAACAAGAUCAUCUCCUCCUUCAGAAGGGUUGACCGAAUCUCUGCGUGCUUGCCAUUCACAGCCCUUGUCCAUGAUGGAGAAUGUUGAUACUCCAACAAAAGUAAUCAGCCUGGCAGAACAUCUUGGUACCCGUAUAUGUGAUCAUAUUCCAGAUGCUGCUAAUAGGCUUUCUGAGGAAAUGGUUAAAUGUAUAUCAGCUAUUUAUUGCAAACUCGCAGAACCACCUGUGACGAAUCCUAGCUUUUCAUCUCCCAGUUCAUCCUUGUCUUCAACAAGUCCAUUUUCUAUUGGAGAUCAAGGGGACAUGUGGAGUCCAGGGUAUAAGAAUAACUCCGCUUUCGAUCUACGGUUAGACAAUCCUUUUCAUGUCGAAGGACUCAAGGAGUUUAGUGGGCCAUACAGCACUAUGGUUGAGGUAUCGUGGAUAUAUAGAGAGAAUGAAAAAUUGGGUGAUACAGCGCAGUUGCUUCAGAAUUUCAGGUCACUAAUCUGUCAAUUAGAAGAGAUAGAUCCUGGGAAGUUGAAACAUGAGGAGAAGUUAGCUUUCUGGAUCAAUAUACACAAUGCUUUAGUGAUGCAUGCAUUUUUGGCUUAUGGAAUUUCUCAAAGCAGUGUGAAAAGAGUCUUUCUUCUGUUGAAGGCUGCAUAUAAUAUUGGGGGUCAUACAGUUAGUGCAGACACAAUACAGAGUACUAUACUUGGGUGCCGGAUGUCGCGUCCUGGACAGUGGUUCCGCUUGCUCUUUUCUCCAAAGACAAAGUUCAAAGCUGGGGAUGGACGACAAGCAUACGCAAUUGAGCAUCCUGAGCCUCUUCUGCACUUUGCACUAUGUUCAGGAAACCACUCUGAUCCCGCGGUACGUGUAUAUACACCCAAGAGAGUGUUUGAACAACUAGAAGUCGCGAAAGAAGAAUACAUUCGAGCUACAUUUGGGGUACGCAAGGACAAGAAGAUACUUCUGCCCAAGAUUGUAGAGUCAUUCGCGAAGGACUCAGGUUUGUGUCAUGCUGCUAUUAUGGAGAUGAUACAACAGGCUGUACCUGAAUUCCUAAGAAAGGGUGUUAAGAAAUGUCUCCUUGCAAAAUCCCAGAAGAACAUAGAAUGGACUCCACACAACUUCACUUUUCGGUAUCUCAUACCUAAGGAGCUGGUAAAAUAGUUACUUUGGGGAGCGAUAUGAACUGUUUGGAUUAUUAUGUAUUCUUUUGUACAAAGUUGACAGGGUAGCAGCAAAGGCAAAGUUUGAUAUUGCAAUAUGCAUCAUUGUACCAUUUUGCAUAUGUAAUGUCUUUACCAUGCCAUUCUAGUAUUUGUAAUUUCAUUAGUCUAUCAAAAUAGUUGAGAUUCUGCUAUGUGCAGUGUAAAUGAUUUGUUUUCAUAAUCAAUUUGUCAUUGGGAUUUCUUUGUAAUUCAUUACUUGCCUGUUGGGCAUUGAUAUGA